AUGAAGGGUCUUGUGCUGAGCAUCUUUGUCUUCUGUGCAGUUCUUGCAACUGGUAAGUUUAUUCGGUUUGUUAUUGUGAAGUUCAACCGUGAAAUAAGAGAGCAGCGACGCCACCUGAUCCGUCCGAGCAAUCUCUCCUGUCGACAUACCCCUCUAUCGCUUUCAAGCUACGAGUUCGUUUCAGCGCGCUUGCCACGUGUUCAUAGUUAAAACUCAUCUACGCACAGAAAGAAAGGCGUCGGGUUGUUUUUCGUUGUACAUACGAAUGUAGAAUGGGUUUAAGGUGGCCACGUUGAAACUGAAAUCAAAUGAUUUUGCUCCCUCGAGCCACUAGAUUUCCGUGACGUCCAUUCGAGCUCAUCCUUCCUUCCCUUUGCCAAAGCACAAGUUGACUCUCUUAUUGAACUGUGUGCGUUUUUUGUAAGUAACGUUCAGCUGAGUGCCAACCUCCCUGUCUGCAUGUGAUGUUCAUGUAUGGAGUUUAUUCCGGUUUCGUUUCUCGAGUUAUUGAUUCUUCCUUAAGCUAAGGGUUCUUUCCAGCGCGCUUUGUUCUGUUUGGUCAAAUUACGUUUCGAAGCCUUCUUUAGAUUUUCAUUGUUCAUGCAGAAUGGGAAACAAAUGAAAGAAACUUUCCAAGUAUCAUUUAUUCCGUGCUAUUUCGUUUGAGAAGGAACAUUUGCCUGUUUUUGUCAUGUUUGGUUACUCUCGUCAUAAAGAAGGCAUGAAGUUUGUGCAGAACCUUGACCGCACCAAAAACGCAUCCAUCGAUACUUCUGAAUCCUCUUCGGUUCGAGUACGAGGAAAUCGUGACAUACAGACAACUUUGCACAAAUCGAGUCUCUCCUUUCAACAAACAGAAUACUUCAUCGCUUGAAUAUCACAAAUCCUUGGUGUACUUUCGCUUUCACAAUAUUAGAAGCUCUCGUAAUGGAACACUUGUGUAGCUAGCAAUAUCUUGAUCAAUUAAUUGGGAUUAUCUAUGUAACUGAUAUUGUAUUCCACCACUCUUAGAGAAGAGAUGAGAAAAAUUAAUCCACCAUUCUCAGAGAUUAGAAAAAUUUAUCUUAUUCCGAAUAUAUCGCAUAAAUUACGCUAGUUUAUUUCUAAAUGCACAAUGGACACUCUAUAGUUUUCCGGUGCGCGCGAACACUAGACUUAAAUGAAUUUGACAAGCUUCGACGUAAGGAAAGUGAAAAAACUUCGAAAUAUAUAUGGAAAAAAAGGCGUGCGGAAAUGUAAUAUACUGAAAUUUUACUUUCUUAAUUUCCUUUAUUUCAGCUUACAGCCUCAAGUGCUACGUUUGUACGGGAACCGAAGAGACCUGUAGCAAGAGCAAACUGGAAGCAGAUAAGGCUAGCAAAUCGGUAGACUGCCCAACCGAUAAAUGCAUGAGGUUCUGGAGCAAAAAAGACGACGUAACUGAAGUGGUUAACUCUUGCAGCAGUAGCGCCCUCUGUACAGCUGCAGAAAAGGCUUGUGACGACGUCAAAGAGGGAAAAUGCGCAGUCGGGUGCUGUGACUCCGACUACUGUAACGCGGGCUCUUCAUUUUCUUUCAGUGUGAUCCUGAUGACCGUUACCUCUGCCUUGGGUCUGGCACUAUUGAAGUAGGCUGGUAAAGAAGAAGGAACCCUGGCACGUUGAUAAACGUAGUUUUUUUUUCGUGGUGAAGUUUUCUAAUUUUAAAUGUGUAUAAAAACCUUACAGGUUUCAAAACAAGAAAGUAGAAAAGGAAAUUCGUCGUUGGCUUUUUUAUGUUUUUAUUAUCUGAUCUCAACUUAUCAAGUUUUUCGCUACUUUAUGAUGAAAUUUCAACGGUCUUUAUGAUAUUAAAUGG